CUUUUCAGUCGUUUGGCGCGAUUCUCGGCGGUAACAGUGUUUUGUAACACGGUCGUCCGUUUCAGUGGAAAAAGAGGUUCAAUCGUGCGAAAGUGAUUCCCAUUUUUCCGUGUGUGCACCAACUACUGGAGCGCAAUUGAUCAAGAAAAGUGAAAAAUCAACAAUCGAACGCAAUUGCGAGGGAGAGAACAAAUUUAGUAAAUAUUUAUCUCUUCCUGCCGCGGAAACAACGUUGCUAAAGUACCCCGAGGCUAUUUGUACCAUCGACCGACGUCGUUAAUUACGGAUGAUCUCCUCACCUCGCGUACACCGAGAGAAGUGAUUUCAUAUUCGACGACGGUGCGACCAGUGCCAUAGUCCACUCUUCGGGGCGAAAUCUGAGAGUGAACCCUAAAAAUAGAUCCUCCACUUGAAAACUGAAAUAAAAGUCUUUAAAAGUGUGGAACCAAGAGCGUCCGAUGACCGACUGACGGCGGACAACAAGUGGACAACGACAGUUUCAAGUGAAGCCGCAGUGAAGGUGGCGGGAGUGAGUGAGCUAGAAACGGAAUAUAUAUAAAGUUUGUUGUGAAGUGAUUUUCAUUUUUGCCAAGGGAAGGAGCACCGGCCUCCUCCAUAACAAUAAGACGAACCAUUACAGUAUAGGAACAACGGAGUGACAUAUCAAGCAACUGUUUUCAUCGUGUGCCGGAUCCCCAGCGGCAACAGAAGUGUAAAACUUUCGAGCCAGCAGUAAAAGCAAAAUCAGAAACAGGGGCAUCUGCUGAUUUCGUGUCAAGUAAAAAGUAGUGCGAGGGACGCGUGAAGCGAGAGAAAAGUUCACUUGACAAGCCGAGUAACAGCGCAGCUGUUUCGCUGUUUCAAAGGGUUUCCAACGCCAACGGGAAAAGCGACAACCGAAAAAUGAGCCAGGAGCAGGCAAAGCUGGACGCCAGUAAACAGGCUGCCAGUCCGGACGAUUUGGACGAUCUUAGCCCGAUGCCACAGACGACGGCUCCCCCGGUGCGAAGACGCGGAGGCAUUUCGGCCGAACCGGUCAGCGAGGAGGAUGCCACCAGCUACGUGAAGAAGGUCGUUCCGAAGGACUACAAAACCAUGGCGGCCCUGUCGAAGGCCAUCGCCAAGAACGUGCUGUUUGCCCACCUGGACGAGAACGAACGGUCGGACAUUUUCGAUGCCAUGUUUCCGUGCACCUUCCUGCCGGGCGAAUCGAUCAUACAGCAGGGCGACGAGGGCGACAAUUUCUAUGUGAUCGAUAUCGGCGAAGUAGAGGUAUUCGUCAACAAUGAGUUGGUAACGACAAUCAGCGAGGGCGGCAGCUUCGGCGAGUUGGCCUUGAUCUAUGGAACCCCGCGAGCUGCCACGGUUCGUGCCAAAACCGACGUCAAACUGUGGGGUAUCGACCGGGACAGCUACCGGCGCAUUCUGAUGGGUUCCACCAUCCGGAAGCGGAAGAUGUACGAAGAGUUCCUGUCGCGGGUGUCGAUUUUGGAGAGCUUAGACAAAUGGGAACGACUCACCGUGGCCGAUGCGUUAGAACCAGUUUCAUUCGAAGACGGAGAAACGAUUGUGAGGCAGGGCGAGCCCGGAAACGAUUUCUACAUCAUUGUGGAAGGAUGUGCCACAGUCAGGCAAAAGCGUGAUGAGAACGAAGAACCCGCCGAAGUGGGCCGUCUCGGUCCGAGCGAUUACUUUGGAGAGAUCGCCCUGCUGCUGGAUCGCCCACGUGCCGCCACCGUCAUCGCCCGGGGUCCGCUCAAGUGCGUCAAACUGGACCGGGCCCGGUUUGAGCGGGUGCUCGGCCUAUGCGCGGACAUUCUCAAACGAAACAUCACCCAGUACAACAGCUUCGUUUCGCUAUCGGUCUAAAUUUCGGGAAAAAAAAAGAGCAGUGCUGAAUAUGAAUGAAGAAAUACACACACAUCACCUUAAACGAAUGGCAAAAAAGAAGAGCCAAUGGGAAGAAAUAGAAACUCUGGUCAAGCGAACACAAAUUAUUUUUCAGAAUCCAGAAAGGUUUUUUUUGCGUUUAUCAAUAGAAGUGUAGUUUGUAGCGGAAAACCAUAUUUUUUUUAUAUUUACAAACGAAGAUAGAAUGCAAGUCCUGAAGGCACGUUGAUUGAAUAAAAGCUCUGAAAGCUGUUAUUCAGCAAACAAUGCUUUUUGUGAAUAAAAAAAUAUUAAUUUCAACAUGAAAUACGUUUUUAUUAGGUGAGGGCAGGCCUUGCAAUUCUUUCCAUUACAUAGACACAAAACUUUACUUAAUUUUCUGUUUAGAUUUUAAUGAAAAAAUCGAUUAGCACAUUUUGACAUUUAAUUGCAGAUUACGGAUUAGUAAUUCUCUAAUAUUAUAACGAUACAAUUUAAUGUUCUUAGUAACUAAUUAGAACACAUCAUCGACGAGCCGAAGAAAACAGAAAGGUGCAUGUGUGAUAAGGGAGAUUUUUUCUAGCUAUCGUAUCAUUCAAACAUACACACCGAAAUACAUUGACAAAAAGAUGAAAAAUUUGUUCUACUAAAUAAAGCAUAUACGAGGAAACGCCGCCGAGUCGCUAUACCAAACAAUAGCAAGGUUAUUCUAUUCUCAUCGUGAAACAUUCUUAGUGUAAUAAAAUACGGUCUGCUUGGGAAGAACGAAAAAAAAAACUUCACGCCAUUGAAGGAAGAAAAGUAGAAGGAAGCAAAGAAAGGAAGGAAAAAUUAUUAACAAAUCAAAGUUGCAGCAUGUAACAAGAAGCAGAAGUACAGGCAAAACCAAUUAAAAAUGAUAAUAUCCUUCAGCUAAACGUGACAAAAACAAACAAUUUAUAAAACAAAUGGUGCAUUACGAAAAAAAACAAAACUAAUUAUCACAGACAAAAGAUGUUUUAUGGACAUGUGUGUAAAUCAAACUAAAGCAGAAACAAAUGAAACAAAAAAAAUCAAGAAACACAUUUACGCGUAUACACAGCCAACCACAGAAACCACUUUCCGAUGUUCUAUUACUUGUUGGUGAAAAAACUGUAACGAUGUGUUGAAUGUGUUGUGGAAUCGCGCAUGUUUCAACUCUUACAAAAUACAAAUAACUACUAAACUACAAAAGCAGAAGACGAUACCGUUGCUGUUGUACAAGAAUGACUGAGAAUUCAUGAGGAUGAUGGCGAUACGUAAGUAAAGCAGAUUGUUUGUGCGAGGUGAUAAAGUAACUUAAAGCCAACUUUUUAGUAGAUGAAAACCUGACGUAUAAAAAUGAUUUAGUGGAGAGACCGCUCGUGCCAAACGAGCAUUGCGUAGCAGUCGUUUGCCCUCGGAAGAGCAGAACCAUUGCGUUUUAUUAUCUCGAUUACGGAAGGGAGGAUUUUGUUCAGAAGGAACAGAAGCUUGUGAGUUGAUCAAAGAGUCAGAGAU